UCUCCCUUUGGGUCUGCACUGCCUGCAAAGCUCAGCGGCAGCGAGGGAGAGAGAUCCAGGAAUCUGCAACAAAAACGGUGACAGCCUGAAACACCCUGUGGUGCCAGCCUCCAAAUUCUCAUCUGUCACUUCAGACCCUGACUGGCUGACAGAGCAGCAGAAUUUCAACUCCAAUAAAUUUGAAUGUGCUUCAAGGCAAAGAAGCCAAGCUAAAGAGGAAGGGGAUUGAAAGAGUUUCUCUUGGGUGUUUGUCAAACUUCUGUUUCCUGGCUGUGUGCAAAGAAGGGAUUCAACUUUAGCUUCAGUCUUCUACCAAGGCCCUGGAUCCAGCCACUUCUCAGAAGGUUGUUUUCCUCCUGCGCCCCACAGGAGACUGGCUACUGGUUUAGAAUAACCUAAAUGCACAAAUGGGUCUAGAAAGCAUGAAGACGCUGCUUUUGUUCCUAUACAUCUUGGGAACUACAGCUGCAAUCCCGACAAAGACAGUAUUUCUAUCUGACAAUUACAAUCCAACUGCUGAAACACUGGUGACACCUGAUGACACCGCAGUCCCUGUCAUAAGGGUUGAAACUGCAGAAAAUGAAACGGAAGCUGCAGGAGCCACAGAAAACCACCCGAACGAUAAGGCUGAUAAACCUUCAGUACUAAAGUUGGAAGAGGAAACUCAUGAACAGUCAUCAGAACAGGACAACACGUAUAGCCAUGAGCUGGGACUGAAGGAUCAGGAGGACAUCGAUGGUGAUUUAAGUGUGAAUUUGGAGUAUGCACCAACUGAAGGUACAUUGGAUCUAAAGGAAGACGCAAGUGAGCCGCAACAGAAGAACCUCCCAGAGAACACAGAUUUCUCCACUGCUGCUGUUAGCUCCUUUGUGGGUCCUAACCAAAAUGAAAACAUCACAAAGGAAGAGGAAAGCCAAGAACAACCUGUAAAUGACUCACAUCAGCUGAACACGAACAGUACACACAGCCAACACCUAAUGGAUGAAGAAAGCCAAGAGCAGGAUCCAGGUAUUGCUAACGGAGAAGAAGAGGAAAAAGGGCCAGGAGAAGCUGCCAUUCCCAGUGAUAACCAAGACAAGGAAGAACUCCCCAAGGAGCAUUCUAACAGCAAGCAGGAGGAAGACGGUGACCAAUCUGAUGCUAUCUUGGAAGAGUCCAAUCAGCCAACUCAAAUAAGCAAGAUGCAAAAGAUUGGCUCUGAGCAAGAAAACCAAGAGGAAGAGGAUGACUCCAAUGCAGAAGUGAAAGAGGACAGUGCAUCAAGCAGCAAGAAACACAUUCAACAUACUGAACAGCAGAGCCAAGAAGGGAAAACUGGCCUUGAAGUUACUGGUGACCAGAAGGACAUGGACGAAAAGGGCGUUUUGGUAGAACCUACUGAUGAUGGUACCAUCACGCCCAGAAAUCAUGGGGCUGAUGAAGGGGGUAAUGAUGGCUCCAAGCACAGUUCAAGUGAUGACUACUUCAUGCCAAGCCAGGAAUUCCUGGAUGCUGAAAGAAUGCAUUCUCUUUCCUAUUACCUCAAAUAUGGUGAGGAAGCAACAGAUGAGGUUGAGAAUGGUGAUACGAGUGAAACUGGAGACCACCAAGGGGCCAAGAAAGCUGAGAGCUCAUCAAAUGAAGAUGGAACUUUACAUGAAGGCAAUGGGAAGCAGCAUAGUAUGGAUUCUUGUGUGAACUUCCAGUGUAAAAGGGGGCACACUUGCAAGGCAGAUCAACAGGGGAAACCCCACUGUGUUUGCCAAGAUCCAGAGACUUGUCCUCCAGCAAAAAUCCUUGACCAAGUUUGUGGCACUGACAAUCAGACCUAUGCAAGCUCCUGUCAUCUGUUUGCUACCAAAUGCAAACUAGAAGGGACCAAAAAGGGACACCAACUGCAGCUGGAUUACUUUGGAGCUUGCAAAUCUAUCCCUGCUUGUACGGACUUUGAAGUGGCUCAGUUUCCCCUGCGGAUGAGAGACUGGCUCAAGAAUAUUCUUAUGCAGCUUUAUGAACCUAACCCCAAGCACGAUGGCUAUCUAAAUGAGAAGCAGAGAAGUAAAGUCAAGAAAAUCUACCUAGAUGAAAAGAGACUCUUGGCUGGAGACCAUCCCAUUGAACUUCUCUUAAGGGACUUUAAGAAAAACUAUCACAUGUACGUGUAUCCUGUGCACUGGCAGUUUAAUGAACUUGACCAACAUCCUGCAGACAGAAUCUUGACACAUUCCGAACUUGCUCCUCUGCGAGCUUCCCUGGUGCCCAUGGAGCACUGUAUAACGCGCUUCUUUGAGGAGUGUGACCCCAACAAGGACAAACACAUCACCUUGAAGGAGUGGGGCCACUGCUUUGGAAUUAAAGAAGAAGACAUAGAUGAAAACCUCCUGUUUUGAAUUAAGCUUUGAAAGAACUGAAAUUUUCCAUCGGCGUCCCCUGCUUUAACUAGUUCUAAAAUACAUGUAGCCAUGACACUGAUAGAUUUAUAUUUAGCAAAAUGUUUGCAUGUCAGAGAAGACAAUGAAAGUAAUUGCUUAGUAACAAAAUAUAAGUAGCAGGCAUCCAACAGUAACUUAGGAAAUAUGAAACUUUUUAAAAUUAAGUAAAGUUGAUACAUUUUAUGAACAGGAGUUUAACUUAGUAAUUUCACUCUGCAUCUACUUUUACAAUAACUGCUAAUUAUAAAACUUGAAAAAAAAUUGUUCAUAUUGUUCAUAACACUGUGUGCACUUCAAGAAAAUUGAAUAUUGUUCUUUCAUGGUUAACAUGUAUCAUUUUCAGUAUCUUACUAGCCUAAUAAAGAGUUCAUAAAAUUUCA